CGGGUUAACGUCUCUCCAAUUGCAGAACUAGGCAUUUCAGUGGGUGCGAUUCGCUCAGUUUUUGCCCUGGAAUCCUGGUCCUGAUUGCUGGACGAAUUCGUAAAUCAAAAGGUGCCGGGCGAUGUCGUUCGCCGGUGUUUACUCACUGGAUACCGUGACUUUGGUACUCCUCUGCGCCGUCGCCGUGUUGAUUAUCGCUUAUUUUCGCAAUGGGUCUCAAUCUCACGUCGAGCUCAACUUCCCCCCGGGACCCACUCCUCUUCCGAUCAUCGGGAACCUACACCUCCUGGAUCUAAAGAAGUCCCACCUAACUCUCAUGGAGCUGUCUGAGAAAUAUGGUCCAAUCUUCACCAUCAAGCUUGGAAUGCUGAAAGCUGUGGUCCUGGUUGGAUACGAAACAAUAAAGGAUGCUCUUAUCAACCAUCCAGAUCAGUUUGCAGGAAGAGCCCACAUCCCGAUAUUUGAAGAGUUAACACAGGGUUUUGGCAUCGCUUUCAGUACUGGGGAAUCGUGGAGGCAAAUGCGAAGGUUCACCAUCUCCACUCUACGGGACUUUGGGAUGGGCAAGAAAACUAUCGAAGAUAAAAUCAUUGAAGAAGCCCAUUUCCUGAUAAAAAUGUUUGAAUCCCAUAAAGGCCAAGAAUUUAAUCCAGCCAUUGAGUUAAGUGCUGCUGUUGGCAAUAUCAUCUGUUCCAUACUUUUUGGUGAUAGAUUUGAUUAUGAUGACCAAACCUUCAUCAUUUUGGUAAAGGCAAUAAAUGAAAGUGCUAAGCUUUCUGGUUCUCCAAUGAUUCAGCUUUAUAAUGCUGUUCCCAUACUGGGAUUUCUAUACCGUUCAAAGAAGAAACUUUGGAAAAAUCAAAACUUGAUUUGGCAGUUUACCAAAGACUUCAUAACCAAGAACUACCAGACACUGGAUGCAAAUAAUCCAAGGAGCUUUAUUGAUGUGUUCAUGUUAAAGCAGCAGCAGGAAUCAGGUAACCCAAAUACAUAUUUCCAUAAAAACAACCUGGUAUUCACAGUCGCCGACCUGUUUGGUGCUGGAAUGGAGACAACUUCGACCACCCUUCGUUGGGCUAUGCUACUGAUGAUGAAAUAUCCACAGAUUCAGGAAAAAGUCCACGAUGAAAUCACCACCGUGAUUGGUUCGGAGCGGUUCCCCAGAACUGAAGAUCGGAAAAAUUUGCCGUACACCAAUGCAGUGAUCCACGAAAUCCAGAGGUUUGCUAACAUUGUGCCAUUGAACGUCAUGCACUCAACAACAGAGGACUUGAACUUCAAAGGAUAUUUCUUUCCAAAGGGCACACCAGUGAUCCCUUUGCUAACCUCGGUGCUGUAUGACAAAACUCAGUGGGAAACCCCAAAUGACUUCAACCCUUCCAACUUUCUGGAUGCUGAAGGGAAGUUUGUGAAGAGAGAUGCCUUUACUCCUUUUUCAAUGGGACCCAGGGCCUGUGCGGGGCAGUCCCUGGCCAGGAUGGAGCUUUUUCUGUUCUUUACCAUCCUGAUACAAAGGUUCAGGUUUCAAGUUCCGCCAAACGUUACCAAUCUGGAGCUCUCGUCAGAUGUGGGCUUCACCUUAAUCCCAAAGUACCAGAACGUGUGUGCAGUUUAUCGCUGAUGUAAACACAUCAUUUCAUGACUUGUCUUGUUUUAUCUCCUUUUCAAUAUUUUUGUAACCCUCUCAUCAGAGCUCGUAUAGAAACUUAACUCGUUAGCUAACUCUGCUAAUAGCCAUGAGACUCAAAGAUGAGAAGGCCACCUUUCAUAAGCAACACAUGUUCAGGGUUGGUAUGAUUUGGGGUUCAACCAAACAGGAUAGUAUGGAUGUUCAUAAUUAAGCGGCAUAGGUUGUAGUGAAUGCUGUGUAAAAUACUGUCCAGACACAAAUUUUGGUAGCCAAGAAAUAAGAGAUCGUGCACCGUAUAAAAUCAGAGAGAAAGUAUAUUUACCAAAUUGUCAACAUUAACAAAAAGUUACCAAAAAAUAAAAGGGCCCAUCGCAAUUAAACUAGUCCAAUGUGCA